GACCAUUAACCUUCAACCCAGUUGCUCGACCGUGCCAACGGGCUAAAUCGAGUUGACAACCUUGACCACAAUCCAAUUUUUGUUUGCCAAAUGAGUUAUUUCAACCGAAAUAACCCAUCAUAAUGUUGUAUCUACUAGAUGCUUAUAUAUUUGAGAUGAAGACAGUUGAGAGGUUUGCAGGAUUAAAGAAAAUUCUUGAAUAUUUAUGGGAAAUGGUUGUGUAACUAAAAAAUGAGUGUUUUCAUUAGUGUAUGAAAAUAUGAAGUCGGCAUUGUUUCUACCUGUCACAACUGUAAGUAUUGAAAUAGCAUUUUCAACAAUGAACUUCGUGACGAACAAAUUUUUGCAUCAGACGAGUGGGGAAAUCAUGAACAUUUUUUAGUGGAGUAUAUUAGAAUGACAUACUUGAUAGUUUAGAUAAUUAAUGUAAUUUCAUAUAAUUUUCAAAAUAUGAAAACACGUCAUUGAUCAUUAUAAAAAUUAAUAUUAUAUUUUUUGUUUUAACGUUGAUCAGUAUGAAAACACAUCGUUGAUCGUUGGUGUAUUGAGUUUUGAAAUUGGUGUUAUUGCUAUUUGUCGUCAUUUCAAGUAGAGGAGUACUUUCUCCAAUGAACUAGCUCCUUGGAAUAUCAAAUUAAGAUAGGGAACUAGCUCCUUGGCCAAUCAACUAAGGGUAGCAAAGGCUACUCCCUCGGAACUUAAUCCGAAUGAUAAAAUAACAACCAAUCAAGUUGCUAAAUCGAAGUUUGAGGCUUGCCCUAAAUUGCCCAGAUGGGUGAUAAGCCGUUAAUUGCACAUGUUUUUACCCCUGUUCUUACACCGUUUGAGAUGUGAUUUCUCGUGUUUUAGGCCGGUUUCACGCUAGGUUGUGCUUGUUUGUGAUAUUUCAGGUCCUAGUACGUGAAUGGAGGCUUGGGAGCGAGUUUGGGGUCGAUUGGACAAAGAUCGGGCGCGAGGCAAGUCACAAAGGAGGCCACACGGGCACACCCACAACCCACACGGCCGUGCAAGUGACCACUUUGGCCGUGUGAGAUUGUGCGAGAGCAAACACGGCCUGCCCUGAUGUUCACACGGCCGUGUGAAGGAGUGGUUUGGCCGUGCGAGUUGCGCUGAGAGCAAACACGGGCAGGAUGGAAAUCCCACACGGCCGUGCGACCCUGGCCGUGUGGGAAGCCUGAAUUUCGAACUAAUUGAUACGCCGCGUUUUGACUCACACGGGCAACUGGGUGAGCCACACGGCCGUGUGGCCCUGCCCGUGUGAGUCGGGAAUUGAUGGUUAAAACUCGAUUUUCAGUCAAAGGAAAGGAGAGAGCUGGGUUUUGGAUCCCAAACACCCAAGGGACGAACCCUAGAGAGAGAGACAGCGACUUGGGAACAUUCUUGGAGCUAUUUUGGAGGAUUUCUUCGCCAUUGGAGCUCGGGAAUCAAGCUUGGAGAUGGAGAUUGAAGAUCUAGAUCAGAUUUCUGCAGUCUCUCUCUUCUCUAUGGAGUAACUUCCCUUCACUUAGGUUUUGAGGAACCCUAGUUCCAUGAGUUAGGAUCUUGCUUGUAUGAAGUUUUGGAUGCUAUGUUGUUUGAUUUUAAUCGAAUGAUGCAUGUUUAUUGAGUCAAUUGAAGUCUGAUCAACUUUUCCUGAUUCCUGCUGCAAUCUGAGAUAGAUAGAAUCUGAUUAGGUUGCUAGAGUCUCAUCAUUCGGUAGUAGGAGAUUGGCUAUACGAGAGUUAGUCAGUUUACUGCUUUGUACUGGAAUCCAAUUCCAGUAGUGGAGUUCUGUGUUUAUUGCUUCAGCUUUCUAUCCCGGUGAAGACUAGUCGUCUGCCGAAUAGUUAGACUGAGAGGGCUUGGUCAGCUUAAGAGAUUCCAAGCUACUGUCGGAUCUUCCGCAGUUUAAUCAACAGUAAAAUAACCAAAAGGAAUUACAACUUGGACCUAAUUGAGGAGCUAGGGGGAAUCAUACCUAAGUGAGUUCCCAAACUGUAAUUAGUAGUUUUACUUAGUUUAGUUAGUAGAGUAGUUUAGUUAAUCAAUCCUUAAUCUAGUUUGCUAGAUAAUGAACUGAAGCAGAGUAAUAGUAACUCUAGAGACCCGUGGAUUCGAUAUUUAUUACUUGUGCCACUAUACUGCAGUCCCUUUCAUUGGUUACACUUGGCCAUUGUUAGGUGUUGUGUUUUAGAGCAUCAAGUUUUUGGCGCCGUUGCCGGGGACUUUCUAGAGUAUUUGGAAAGGCAGAAGUUUGUUACUUUAGCGUUUUUCUUUUCUUUUCUUUUCCACCCUUGCUUUUCACUUGGGUGUUUUUGUUUUUGUUGGUGCAGAUCUGAAUCAUGGAUCCGCAUGGCUUCUCCAACCAGUGGGGGUAUCCACCACCAUCUGAGUGGUAUUACCCCGAGACUCCCUGGAGCAAUCAAGGAGAAGAAGACUAUGGAUUCGGGUUCCAGUACCAAUCCCCUUUCUACGGAGAACAACCAGACCCCUGGGCAUAUCAAGAACAACCUCAUUACCAAGAAGACUUUCUCCCACAACCAGAAGGGCCAUCGGAGCUGGAGUUACCCAUGGCGGCCUUCACGGGCCACUCUGCAGAGCCAUGCUACACUUCACUGGAAGAUCCGAACAAACAAUUAAGGCUUCUCGUGGAGCAGUUUGCUCGAGACACUGAAAAAUCAUGCUCCAAGAUGGAUUUUCAAAUCAAAGCCUUUGCCACUUCCGAUCCCUCAUUUCUCCAUGAUAUGGAGGAGACUGUUCAGCGCUCAGCGAAGCAAACAGAGUGGGUGAAGCAAGUUUGCUCGCAUCUUGCUCAAGAUCGCCUUUCUGCUACCACGCUAGAAGAGGUGGAGGAUGACAAAGGCUAUGGGAGCGACCACACCUUUCCUCAUUUAUGCUCUAACAUGCUGGGCCCAUGCGAGGAGAUGCAAGAUGAUCCCAUUGAAGAAAUUGCUUGGCGACUUGCUCUCCAAUCUGUUCUAGAAGAAGAAGAGCGAGCAAGGAUGAGGAAGGAAGUUGUGGAUGAUGAGGAAGAAAGAAAAGAAGAGGUGGUUCUUGAUCUUUUCCCAGGGGAGAGACCACAUUUUGAAGAAGGAAGGGGGGUUGAGGAAGCAAUUGGCGUCCAGGCUGAGGAUGAAGUUGAGGUGGAAGAGGCAUGCACCGGCCAUGAGUUGCAAGUAAUAUCCCCACCAAACUUUGAGGAACUGCUUGGCAAGGACCCAUUUCCAGUGUCUCUUUGCCAGACCAAGGCCACAUCAAUAUCGGUCCCUCUUGGUGGACGCGAUGGUAGCCAAUCGAUGAUGUCAUAUCUGGUUUGGGGCAAUGAGACGAGGGAAGAGAAGAAGAGGUCUCGAGGGUGGAGACUUCAUCUGCAUCAAGUACAUGAGCCUUCCUCACCUGCCACACCACAUGCUCGUGACUUGAGACUCCACCUCAUCGACGAGAACCUCAACUACAAGGAGGUUCUAGCAUGGACCGAAACUUAGGAGCCAUCGUCCGGCUCACGACGUGAAAGAAGCGCUUGUUAGGAGGCAACCCAACCAGUCGGUUUGCAUUUCUUUCUCUAUUUCUCCUCGGUUGAGUCAGUUUUGUUAUUUGAUUUUAGAGUCAAUAACUCAACCUUUGUGAG